UUCACCGCCCGAGGGAUGUGCCGGGGUCCGGCGGGGCGGCUCCGGGGGCGGCGGGGAUGGAGAGGGGCCCCGCUCCGCCCGGCCCCGGAGGCGGAGCCAGCGCCCGGCGCGGCGGGCUCGGGAGCCACAUCCCGCAAAGGAGGAGCGGGGCCGGGCACGGCAGCGGGGCGGCGGCGGGGCCGGAGCUCAGCGCCGGGGCUCCAGCAGCGGGGCCGCCCCGCGCCGCCGCCACCGCCGCGCACCAUGUGGUGGGACGAGCGGGUGUCGGCGCGGUUCCGGAGGAACCUGCAGCCCACCCUCACCUACUGGAGCGUCUUCUUCAGCUUCGGCCUCUGCAUCGCCUUCCUGGGGCCCACGCUGCUGGACCUGCGCUGCCAGACCCAGAGCUCGCUCUCGCAGAUCACCUGGGUGUUCUUCUCGCAGCAGUUCUGCCUCCUGCUCGGCAGCUGCCUCGGAGGGGUCUUCAAGAGGACGCUGGCGCAGUCCCUGCUGGCCCUGUUCGCCUCGUCGCUGGCCAUCUCGCUGGUGUUCGCCAUCAUCCCGCUGUGCCACAACGUGGUGGUGCUGGCCGUGGUCAUGGCCGUGGCCGGGCUGGCCAUGGGCUGCAUCGACACCAUCUCCAACAUGCAGCUGGUCAAGAUCUACCAGAAGGACUCGGCCAUCUUCCUGCAGGCCCUGCACUUCUUCGUGGGCUUUGGGGCUCUGCUGAGCCCCCUGAUCGCCGACCCCUUCCUGUCGGACACCAACUGCAUCCUGUCCAACGGCACCGCCAACGCCUCCAGCAACCUCCCGCACAUCCGCAAAUCCCUGGUGCCGCACCACCCCGGCAACCUGUCCCACUAUGACCUGCCCAUGAAGGGCAUGGUGGUGACACGCGUGUCCUACGCCUUCUGGAUCAUGGCCCUCAUCAACCUGCCGGUGCCCAUCGCUGUGUUCUUCCUGCUCUACAAGGAGCGCAUGGUGCCGUGCUUCAACGGCAGCAGCCACCCGCUGCUGUCCGCUGACGAGCUGGCCCUGGAGACGCGGCCUGGGGACAAGGACGAGCUGUCCACCGCUGCCCAGAGACCCCACACGGCUGCAGGUCACGGGGAUUUGUUCAGCUGCUGCCAAAGCAGAAACUUCCAAGGGGCUUCCUUCACCUAUUUCGCCGUGCACAUCACCGGGGCUCUGGUUCUCUUCAUGACUGACGGCAUCGUGGGAGAGUACUCAGGCUUCGUGUACAGCUACGCCGUGGAGGAGCCGCUGGCCGUGGUGCACAAGGUGGCCGGGUACCUGCCCAGCCUCUUCUGGGGCUUCAUCACCCUGGGCAGGCUCAUCUCCAUCCCCGUGUCCUACAGGAUGAAGCCGGCCACCAUGGUCUUCAUCAACGUGGUCGGGGUGCUCAUCACCUUCCUGCUGCUCCUGAUUUUCUCCUCCAGCGUGGUUUUCCUGUUUGUGGGCACAGCCUCCCUGGGGCUCUUCCUCAGCAGCACCUUCCCCAGCAUGCUGGCCUACACCGAGGACAUCCUGCAGUACAAAGGCUGUGCCACAACCGUGCUGGUGACGGGAGCUGGCAUCGGAGAGAUGGUGCUGCAGCUGCUGGUGGGCUCGAUUAUCCAUGAUCGGGGCAGCUACAGUUUCCUGGUGUGUGGGAUGAUUUUUGGAUGCUUGGCCUUUACCUUCUACGCCCUGCUGGUGUUUUUCCACAGGAUGUACCCCAAGCCCUCCCCAGAGCUGGACGAGGCCUCCCCCGACAAGGCGGCGGCGCCCGAGGAGCCGGGGCAGUACCAGCGCUGAGGGAGCGCCCGGCUCGGCGCAAAGCAAUAAACCCAAUUAAUUCCACAUUUAAUGAACUGAAUCAUGCCAAGUUCUCCGCAAGCAAAAGCACAGUAGGUGGGGUAAAGGCAGAAUCGAGGAAAUCGAGCCCAAAACGUCGAGUUUUGGCACGGGGUUGUGCCAAAAACAAAAAGCCUGGGAGUGCCAGCCUCACCUGGAUUUUUUAGUCCAGGACAAAAUAAAAUUUGCAGGGAUGUUUGCACAGCAGUUCCUCCUGCAAAUGAACUUAUUUUUUACCUGCUCAAGACAGAGGGUGGGAAGGAAAAGCUGCUCUCUGCUCCUCAUCCAAGACUGAAUGUCUCCUUGGCAUUGAAUAGAUUUUUUUAUUAUUAUUAUUUCUGGCCUGUGGUGCACAGGAGCCCCUCGAAUUUCCAGCACAAUCCUGGGUUUUAAUUGAAUUUUUUGAGUUGGUGUCACCUCCCUCGAGCCUUCCAAAGGAGGGACAGUCCCCACACAGGCAGCAGGGCCUGUCUCUAUUUGCACACUUAAUUCCUGUAUAUUCCACACUAAACAGUGUCUUACUCAGCAUGCUCAGACCUCUGAAAUGAUUUUAAUUAAUCAUUAUGCUUUCAUUUUUUUUCUUCUUUUUGUGGAAGGAGGGGUUUCUCUUUAUUUUUUAAGUCAAGAAUGAGCUGUGCUGAUUCAUUUUGCUUUAAGUCACUCCUCCAGCUGCUCCAGCUGCAGUGUCUUAUUUUUAUUUUUAAGGUUGAUUUUAUUCCCAGCUUCCACGAGAAGCUCCGAGACAAAGAAAGGAAUUUUUUUUGUUCUUUUUGGAGCCAGGCUCCAGCUGCUUCACCUGUGCAAUCUCCUCAUCCAGGUGCCUUGUGAAAGGUACCCACGCAUGGCCCGUCCCAGCCUCCAGGAAAGGACUGGAAUUUUUCAGGAAUUCCAUAUUUAAUUCCACAUUUCCUCCAGGAAAGGACUGGAAUUUUUCAGGAAUUCCACAUUUAAUGAGGCUCCUCCAGCUCCUCCUGCCCGGGGCGGCUGCGGAUGCAACUCCUCGCUUGAACUGCUGUAUGUGAUGUACAUAAUGUACGUGUGUAUAUAGAGCAGUGUUUAAUUAAAGGUGAUUGAUUGCUAA